AUGAACGUGGAAGUGCGCGAUGGGGAGGAAGACACCUCUCUCUCUCUCUCUCUCUCGUUUUCCCUCCCCUCCCUCUUUCUCCCUCCUCUGUUGCCUAUCCACGUCCUUUCCUUAUCCCUCGGUUUCGAUGCACCUCGUUGCCGUGAUCCGCAGAACGCUACGCGCCGCGCACGGGACCACUGUGGUUCACCAGUCGCGCGUUCACCAGCCAGAGAGCCAACCUAUAGUCGAAGUGCUCGAACGUUCUCGCUCGACAGACGGGCUAUAACGAUCCAAACACGAGUCCAUCAGACAUGAAGUAUUCGCCGCAGCAGCAGCAGCAACAGCAGAAGCAGCGGAAGUCGGAGAGCAGCGACGCCGCGUCUAUGGAUGCCACUCUCAGCCGGACGUCGGCUGCGUCCGGCACGCAGGAGCAACGCAAGGCCUCGUCAACGUCGUCGUCGACACGAGCGCCCGUUUGCCGUUCGCCGUCCACCGGCAUGUUCGCCUGGAUGCGUGUGUUCCGACUUGCGUCAAUGCUGCACCAAGUCGGCUGCUAAGACUCGCUCCUUGAUGAGUAUUGGACCGUGCUAGAAGGGAAAGAUGAGGAAAGAGAAUCAAAAAGAAAGAGAGAGAGAAAAAAAGAGAGUCGAUAGAAUCGUAUUACCUUAACAAUCUCAGAUUAAAUAAUUAAUAUCGUACAACACACAGCGGAGACGUGCGUAGCGCACGGGCGCGAAGUGGCAGCCCUGUUUCGUCUUCUUUCCGCGUCGUGAUUUACAAAUAUAUAUAUUAAAUAUAUAUAUAUAUAUAUAUUAUAAAUACGCAUAUAUAUUUAUGCACGGCCGAGUCAUUAACGUAGGGACACGGCCAAUGUCGUAGCUCGAUCAUAGACAUCAAUAGUGCGUUUACGCGAGGAUGAAUCGCCGAGAUGCGAUUCGCCGUGUACAAGAUGUCGUUGAGAUGUCGUAGCUUGGGCCGCGCCCGCGCUAAUCACCUGUCCCACAGAAAUAUAUGAAGAUGCAUCCCGUCUCUGCCGUAUUUCCUUACAGAUGAUUUAUUUAUAUAUCAUGUUCCUCUUAUCUCUCGCGUAAGGCAGGUUCAUUCUUCGAGCCUUCUUGUGUCCAUCGACGCAAUAAAAUUGCCGCUUUUUUUCGUGAAAACUGCAAGUUGAUUGGCUACACGGUUCAAGAACUUAUACCGAUUUCUAGCAUCGCGGACAGAUUGGGCUUUAACGCGCUUCAAUUUAAUUAACACUAAUGUCAGUUAUUAUUCCAUUCAAAUCUCUCAUUUCGCGUGAGACUUUUGAUUCGCGUUACUCACGGAAUUACGAAUGCGCAUAAUUAUUUUAUUAUUAGCAGUCGUGUUACAUCGAUCCGUUCGUUUCCCUUUUAUGAAAAACGGGCACGGCUCCAGUCACGCAUACGGAAGUAUAACAACAAUUCGUGCAUGCGUGUUCCGCGAAUAAUGCGUAUCUCUCGCGCGUACCUGUAUGUAUAAAUCGAACUACAAAAUGCGGGGCUAUGCAUAAAAAAUUACGUAGUAAUUUGAGCAAGGUUCGAGGAAUGCAAAUCGAUCGCGCGAGGGAGAUAGUCUCGCAGACGACCAGUCGUGGCACGCUUCGUGACAGAUCGGACGUAACAAUGACGACGUUAUUCGCGGAACUCCAGCCGCGAUUAGCCGAUCAAUCGACGAGAUUCGAUCGAUCCUUAUUCGUAGCACGAGCCUCGACGAAAUCAGAGACAAUUCGUCGUUUUAGUGAGAAGAGCUUCACCCAUUCCGGACGAACGCACGUCGCGAUUCGCGCGCGCGUCGAAUAUACGCUUGUCAACAGCGAUAUGACUCGUAGUCGGAUUAUAAAUAUUACACAAAACAUAGCGUCGCGACGCUCCGCGAAACUGAGUUUGAUUUUGAUCCGCAAUCCUUUACGAUAUCUCCUUAAGUUCCCUUUCUCUUCUUCUCGUCUCCCUCAUUGCUCGACCGACGACGUCGGCGUAUCCUGCGUACCGUGAAUUCUAUUUUUAUAUAUAUUACACGUACAAAAAUGACGAGAGAGCGACGUAUCGUAUUUUUUUUUCUCUCUCUUCCCCCGCCUUUCUCCCCCUCGCCCCACUUCCCCCCGCUGCGAAGCAUCUUUUGCUUCUUAUCACGAGCAGGAAAAAAAUGAUGAGACCCGGUUAACAAGGUGCGCCCCUGAGAAAAACUGCGAGAAAGUCACGCCACUUCCUCUAAGGGUUAUUCGUGAUUACAACCGAAUCCACCACACGUUGAUUGUCUCGUCACGUUCAACGCCGAGCUCUAUCGAUGUUAUAUCUCGUUGAUCGUUACAUGAAUAUAUUUUAUGAUUGCGCAGAUUCACAAAUAAAUUAAAUAUUUGCUUUAAUCCGUUCUAAGCGCCUGUUGUUUUUCCCCUUUCAAAGUAUUUCAGCGGCUCAUUUUGUGAAACGUGCCAGCAAAUAUGGCAUACAAAAGAAACAAAAAUAUAUAUGAUAAUUAAUAUUAUAUACAUAAAACUUAAAUGAUUAAUUACUAAACUAGUUAGAAGUUUGUCUCUAUUUUAUAAAGUAGUCGGUUACUGUUUACCUUUUCUGAAUUGGAAAUUAUUUAGAGAUAAUGAUUUCUAACAAUUAUUUAAACAAUAUAUACAUUAUCUUAAUCUUGAUAAAUGGAAUAUUUCUAGGAAUAAAUAAAAUUAACAAUCAA